AUGGAUAAAGUGUCAUCCAGCAAGCUGCCCAAUGCGCCAGCGAAGCUUUCUUCCCUCCCCAAGAACUCAAAGAUUCACAAGCGCCCUAUGAACCGCGGCCGGGUCUUCAACCGGGGAGGAGCACCUCUCAGCCCCAAGCAGCCCAUCAUAUACAUCGCCACCAAGUCGCCCUUCAUGGGCAUCGUGAGCAAAAUCCGGCACGCCCUCGACAGGGCGCCCUCCUCCCGGUCGACCAAGGGGCUUCCCCUCGCCGCGCGGAUGGCGGCCCUCAACUCGCCGGCCCCCUCCUCCGACCGGGUCGAAGAUGAGGUUUUGGUACGCGGCACCGGUCGGGCCAUGGCCAAGGCGCUGCACGUCGCGGCAUGGUUCGGCAAGCAGAAUGAGUACGUGGUCAGUGUGCGGACCAUGAGCCUCGAGACGGUCGAUGAUGUUGUCGUCGACGAGGAUUGUGCGGACGACGAGGGCGGUUUUGCGGCGGAAGGGGAGUCCAGGACGAGGAUGGUGAACUGCUUGGAAGUCGGCAUCAGCCUUCGGUGA